AGUGAAAUGAGCGCAAGCAUGGGACAUUUGGACAGACUGGAAAUAGAGAAUUUCAAGUCGUACAGAGGAAAACAUGUGAUAGGUCCAUUCCGCAAGUUUACAGCCAUCAUUGGACCGAAUGGAUGUGGUAAGGAUAACCACUAUGGUAUAACUCUUUGGCAAAAUUCACUGUAACACGGGUAUAUCAUAUAAACAUGGUAUCACACAUGAAUCUAAAGCACCUUUAUUACUCUAUAAGUAUUGGUUUUCGGUAUACAGCUAUUUCAAUUAAGGUUGUCCCCGAGCAAAGUGGAAAGGUCGAACAUGAGCGCGAAAGGCUUGCUGGGAAUCGCUAAACAAUUAAUGAUUUUUUAGACGAGUACGUUGCUAUUGCUUUCCAGGGACUUUAUCUCAUUUUUUUAUGCCAAAUUUCGGUACUUAGCUCAAGAAAACAGAUAUCUUGUCCUUUGUGCGGAAAUAUUUAACACACAAAAAAGACUGGGGCCCAACAAAAAUUUUUCACGGGCCCCAGCACCUCGGGGCCCGGGGCAAUCCCCCCCCCCCCCCUCGGCGGCCCUGGUAAUUAGUCAUGUGAGUUACCUGAAAAUAUGAGUUGUGUGACAACGGGCAUAAUUACAGUACUUGGCGUGAAUUACUGUACAUUUUCUAACUAUUUUCCAGGGAAGUCUAAUUUGAUGGAUGCCAUUAGUUUUGUGUUUGGUGAGAAAACAUCCAGUCUUCGUGUCAGAACUGUUAAGGUUUGUAAAUACAUGUGUGUGUUACUUUUGCUUGAAUUCUAUAUGUUACUUUUGCUUGAAUAUAGUGCUUUAGUAUUAUUGCACACGUGAAUAUAACAAAUCCUACAAGUUGAUUGGUCAAAUUUGACGUAUUAAGCUGUUAUAUUCACCUACGGGUGAUAAAGAAAUAAGCGAAAUUAAAAUAAAUUCUGUCCCAAAAGAUACUAAAACAAUUAUCCGCCCCAGGCUCGAUCGGUGAUUAUCGGGGAAUAUUCACCUCGACUUCGUCUCGUUCAAUACAUGUACUGCACAUGAUGUAAUUAUUCGCAUCAUAGGCAUAUAAUAAUAAUUAGGGUAGAAUCGUCGUGGUAAAAUCGUACUGCCAGAUACGGGAAUGGCUAUCACUGUUUCAAUUUUACAGAAAAACGUUCUUACGAAGUGUAGGCCCCAAGCAACCAAGAAAUAUCAAAUUUGCACUUUGAUCUAUCAUUGAAACUUUCCCAAAGGGAGGUGCAUGACUUUUCAGGAGAGGUCCAAAAAUUCUCACGGGAGGUGCAAAACGAUCUCAAGGGAGGUGCGCACUUCACCACACCUCCCCUCAAAAUCCGGCCAUGGGGCUUACCCUUAUAUUAAUAGUGCCUUAAUGAAUAAUGAUGACUAUACAGGGUGUAUCAAAAAAAGCGCAAUCCUCGACUGAAAUGUAAAUUGCUAAACAAAUAAUAGACGAAAACGUUAAAGUUUACAUUCAUUUAAAGCGUAGCCAUUCAGCUUUCUAACAGUGGGUUGUUUCUUAAAUUUGACUCAUUGGUUCGCGGGUAAUAAUACUUUACGUUAUUGCGAUUGGAGAUUAAAAAAAUUGAGAUGGAAUAACAAAUCGUUCUCAUGAAAAUAAUUGAUUUUUUCAUUAAAACAAAAAAAUGUUGCAUUUUAUUAAAUGGAUUGUAACAAUGAGUAUAAUUACGGCUUUUCUUCCACUAUUUUUAACUCAGUUUGAAACUUCAAAUGCGGUAUAAUUUUGGCUUGGACCAUCUAAGCUGACUGACAUCAACUUGCUAUAAUUUCUGUUUACAUUACAUCGCAAUUCGAUGACACUCUGGCUCAGACACCAGAAUGUUUUGACGAUUUUUAGCAUUCGUUUAGGAUUUUCAAACAACCUGGUUUCUUUUAAAAUACUUUUAAUUUGUUCUUACGUGGUUUUCCAGAUGUAGUGACGACAACAUUAAAGUUUAAAGAAGAAAAUUCUAACAUUUAAACCGACUAAACAAUAACAUAGUAAACUUGCAUAAUUAAACAGCAACUAAAAAUGAUAGGUUUUACUAAAUCUUUUCCUGUGUAAUUAUUACUAGCAUUGGAGACAAGGAUAAUAGUUUGUUUGAAAGAGAAAAGAACAGGCUUUGAAGUAAGCCUAAAAGCGUUUAACUAGAAAUAGUAUUUCGAAAGUUAUUAAGCACAAAAGAUGAAUUGCGUUUAUUUUGAUACACCCUGUAGUACAGUUCAUAUGCGCCCUGAUGUUGACGUACUGAUAUUCUGAACUAUAGUUUCACCCAUGUUAAUUCGCAGUAAAAGAUCAUGCCAGGAAAAUAUGCACUGUUUGUUUAGAGCUGUUAUGAUUUCUUAUUUCAUUUAUACAGGAUCUAAUUCAUGGCGCACCCAUCAAUAAACCAGUUGCAAACACUGCUUCAGUGAAGGCUGUUUAUUUUGAAAGUGAUGAGUCUGAAAUUACAUUUACCCGCAAGUACGUUACCUACUUCUUUAUUCAAUCUAUACAUGCAUUUUGUGCAAAGCAAUAAGCACGAUAGAAGAACGUACUUUUUACCCAUUUCAUGGAGAUGCCGUGCGAUUUACCUACGGCAAAAACGUGGUUAUAUCCUUACUUUUGGCGCACGAACAAAUGUUUAGUGAUUAGCUUGCAAUUGAGGUCAUGAUCAAAAAAAUAUUUUCAUGUGCGAAACACGAGGCUUGAUUCAAAUUAAUUUAGGAAAUUUGGUACAGAUCACCUCAGCAUGCUGUUUUCACUCGUUGAAUCCAUGUAUAUAUUACUUUGUUACUCAUCUUCGACGUCUUGUGGCCAAAUGGCGCUGUCAAUUAUUCGUUAUGUCAUUUUAUUGUUCAACGUUUUAGAAUUAUUGGGAGUGGAACAGAAUAUCGAAUUGACAAGAAAGUAGUUUCACCUGCUGAAUACAAUAGGAAACUUGAAUCUAUUGGAAUUUUUACCAAAGCUAAGAAUUUUUUAGUUUUCCAGGUAAAUGAACUUAUAACUUCAGCCUGUUUUUAUCAAAGUCUCUGAUCAACCAGAUCAGCGGUUCACAUUCUUGUCUAGUUUUUCCUUUGUCAUGUUCACCACUAGUUCCUUGAUCAUGGUUUACACACCCCAACCAUUCCUUCUUCAUUCCUGCCAAGCUUUUAGCCAGAAGUGCAUCC